CAGCCCGGUUCGCAGAGUCUGAGCAUUAAAUCUGAAAUUUUGACGAAUCGGCAAAGCAAUCGGAGAGGGAUCGGGUGGCUACGGUUUAAAACGUGAAGGCUAUGGCGGGAUCUGGUAGUUCAAUGCUGUAUUCAUUUCUUCUAUUUACUGUGAUUCUUUCAAUCCAAGGGAUGUAUAGAGGGAAGUUAGCGUCAACAGAGCUUUUUACAAUACUUGGAGGAUUAAUCAGCUCCUUACUGUUUCUGGUGUCACUAACGUUCAUUGGGAAUUUCCAGGAAACAUCUGGAAUGAGAACUGGCUGGGGUGCUGUAAUAUUAGCAGAAGUGGUUUCACUGAUUGCUGCUAGCGCUGUUCACCGAGUUUCUAUCACGACAUGUUUCUUGUUUUCGAUUGGAUUACUUUAUGAGAUCAACAAGAUUUCAGGAGUAGUGCUUUCCAAAAGUGAAUCCAAAACAAAGAGGCAUUGAGUAGAAAAUAUG